UCCAUAUAUUGUUCUCUUUUAUGUUAUUAUUAAAUACAGUUAAUAACAAACAUAUACAUUUAUAUAUUUUAUAGAAUAUUAUAAACAAAUUUGGUUAGUUUAUUACUUUAAAUCCAUCUAAUUAUGAGCUAUUGAAUAUUGUUUCAGAUUCCCGCCAAAUAUGUAUACAUUCAUGUAAAUAUAUAUAUACAUAUAUCACAUUUUGGCGCCAUUGACCGAGAUUGUUUUUAAUUGUGUUUUUUUGUUUUUAUAACUUAACUGUUUAUUUAAAUUGCAUGUGUAAACUGACAAAGUCAUAAUAAGAAGUAUUCAAAACGUACGUGGAUUACAAUCUAGAUAGAAUUACAUAUUAAAAAUGGUACGCCGAAAACGUGAUACGAGACUCACGUUUUAGUAAACAAACGCGGAUUUCGAAAGUCGCGUGUUCUGCGUGAAAUUCGAUAUUACAGAAAAAGUGUAAACUUGAUCAUACCGAAAUUACCGUUCACUCGUUUAGUUAGGGAUAUUAUGAUAGAUUUGUUUCCUAGAAGUGGAAUAAACAGAAUACAAGCCUCUGCACUCCAAGCAUUGCAGGAGGCUACUGAAGCGUAUAUAGUUCAGUUCUUUGAAGAUUGUAUACUAUUAACACAACAUGCAAAUCGUGUGACUCUUCAAAUUCGGGAUAUGAUUUUAAUGAGACGGCUCAGAGGAAGAGACGAUAUUAUAAAUAGAUGACAUAAUUCCACCCUAAUAUAUUUAGGAUAUUUUAAUAGUUUUAAA